UCACUUGAGCCCUGCUUCAAUCAGCGGCGUCCCGCGCCCCAGCCUGCCAGGCGAGCUGUCCUGCUGCCCAGCCGAGCAGGGGAGGGGCUGCUCGGAGCAGACGGUCCUUUUUCCUGCCAGCUGUUGUCCGGGGAGGGUCGGAGCGGUCCGGGUCAGGUCCGCUCCUCCGGUGGCUCCGGCCCGGCUGCCCCGAGAUGACGAGCCCGCGAUGCGGAUACGCCAGCAGCGACGACCAGACGCAGGCACAGUGCUCGCUCCCUCAUGAUGCCGCCUGGGCCCCGUGCCAGUGGGCAGAGUCCCUGAGCCCUCGCGGACGCCAGGUGAAGAGUGCGAGGCGGCCGGGGGGGGGUGCGAGCAGCCGGGCCAAAAGCGGUCCCGCUCCGCGGCCCAUGAACGCCUUCAUGGUGUGGCAAGGACGAGCGCAAGCGGUGGCGCAGCAGAACCCGACUGCACAACGCGGAGCUCAGCAAUGCUGGGACGAGCUGCUGGGCGACGUGGAUCGCACCGAGUUCGAGCAGUACCUGCACUUCGCCUGCAAGCCCGAGCUAGGGCUCCACUUCCCGGGCCACGACGCCGGCCUGGCCGCUCCAGACGCCCACGGGCCCAUCUCCUCGGUGGUUUCGGAUGCGAGUACUGCUGUAUAUUACUGCACUUACCCAGACGCCUAAGAGAGACGGUCACUCCCAGAGCUCUCGCGGUGCGAAGUAGCUGGGAGUCGGUGGCGGACUCCCUGGUGAUGGGAAGCCUUGUACAGAAGGGUGUGUGCUUUGCUCCUAUUUAUAUAAUUUAUUGGGAUCUUCACUGGAGCUAUCGGACAGCCAACCUGGGUCGAAAAGGACUUACCUGUAUGUUAUAACAACCAUGUUUUAUCUCAAACAGAUAACGGUCUUCUAUAGCUGGCUGACCUGCAACUGGUUCAUCUGUUUUAUAUGUCAAUGUCUGUCUAUUUUGUAAGAGUAAUGAUAAAAGUGGUGCCUCUUGCUCACAAUGUUUUUACUAGUUAAACUUUUUAGA